ACAGUAUGAUGUGGGGCUUUUGGCUGCUUCUCUUCUGGGAAAAAUCCACUGAGAUGCUUCCUAGAUUCACACGGGCAUAGGACCAUGCAACUGGAGAGCAGGUGACCUUCUGGAGUACAUCCCUGAAGCAACUGGAUUCCCCUCUCAGCAGCCAUUGAUUCUCAGCUUCAGUGCAAUGCACAGAUGGGGGAUGACCACACUUCCCACCCUGGGACAAAGUCUUAAUGGUGUGAAUGAGUGUCAAGACACCACCACUUGCCCAGCUUAUGCUACCUGCACCGACACCACAGACAGUUAUUACUGCACCUGUAAACGAGGCUUCCUGUCCAGCAAUGGACAAACCAACUUUCAGGGCCCAGGAGUGGAAUGUCAAGAUAUUAAUGAAUGUCUUAAAAGUGACUCACCUUGUGGUCCUAACUCGGCCUGCACCAAUAUCCUGGGGAGAGCCAGGUGCAGCUGUCUUAGUGGCUUCUCUUCUUCCAUUGGGAAAAGCUGGAUCCUGGGAAGUCCGGGGCAUUUUCUCUGCGCAGAUGUUGAUGAGUGUCUGACAACUGGGAUCUGCCCUAAGUAUUCCAACUGUUCUAACUCAGUGGGAAGCUUCAGCUGCAGCUGCCAACCAGGCUUUGUCUUGAAUGGCUCAACUUGUGAAGAUGAAGAUGAAUGUGUAACUCGAAAUGCUUGCCCAGAGCAUGCAACCUGCCACAACACUCUUGGAAGCUAUUAUUGUAAGUGCAACUCAGGACUUGAAUUUAGUGGAGGAGGGCCAAUGUCCCAGGGCCUGGAAGAAUCCUGUGAAGAUGUGGAUGAGUGCUCCAGGAAUUCAACUCUUUGUGGUCCCACCUUCAUUUGCAUCAAUACCCUAGGAUCCUACAACUGCUCUUGCCCACCUGGAUUCUCUUCGUCAAGUUUUCAGAUCCUUGGUCAUCCAACAGAUGGGGAUUGUACAGAUAUCAAUGAGUGUGAUGACAUAUGUCCUUUCAACUCAUCAUGUACCAACACUCUUGGGAGCUACUUCUGCACUUGCCACCCGGGCUUUGCAUCAAGCGAUGGACAGCUGAAUUUCACAGACCUAGAAGUGACAUGUGAAGAUAUUGAUGAGUGCACCCAAGAUCCACUACAAUGUGGACAAAAUUCUGUCUGCACCAAUGUACCAGGCUCCUAUAUCUGCGGCUGUCUUCCUGACUUUCAAAUGGAUCCAGAAGGCUCCGAAGCACAUGGAAACUUCAACUGUAAAAGGAUCCCCUUCAAGUGUAAGGAAGACCUGAUACCCAAAAGUGAGCAGAUACAGCAGUGCCAAGCAGGGCAGGGCAGGGAUCUUGAUUAUGCUUCCUUCUGUACACUUCUGAAUGCCACCUUCACCAUCCUGGAUAACACCUGUGAAAACAAAAGUGCUCCAGUGUCCUUACAGACUGCAGCUACGAGUGUCUCUCUCAUGCUGGAGCAAGCGCCCACAUGGUUUGAGCUCAGCAGGAAGGAGACAUCCACUCUGGGCACCAUCUUGCUGGAGACUGUGGAAAGCACCAUGUUAGCUGCUCUUCUGAUACCCACUGGGAAUGCCAGUCAGACCAUUCAGACGGAGUACCUGGACAUCGAAAGCAAAGUCAUCAAUGAAGAAUGCAAUGAGGAGAAUGUGUCCAUUAACUUGAAAGCCAGAGGAGACAAGAUGAAUGUUGGCUGUUUCAUAAUCAAGGAAUCAGUAUCUACAGGGACCCAAGGAGUAGCUUUUGUUUCCUUUGCACACAUGGAAUCAGUUUUAAAUGAACGCUUCUUUGAAGAUGGCCAGGCCUUCUGGAAGCUGAGGAUGAAUUCCCGUGUUGUUGGUGGCGUUGUGACUGGGGAGAAGAAGGAGGACUUCUCCAAGCCUAUCAUCUACACCCUCCAGCACAUCCAGCCAAAGAAGAAGUCUGAGAGGCCUAUCUGUGUCUCCUGGAACACUGAUGUAGAGGAUGGUAGAUGGACACCCUCAGGCUGUGAGAUUGUGGAAGCAUCUGAGACACACACAGUCUGCAGCUGUAACCAGAUGGCAAACUUGGCCAUCAUCAUGGCUUCUGGGGAGCUUACGAUGGACUUCUCCUUGUAUAUCAUCAGCUUUGUGGGUACAGUUAUCUCCCUGGUGUGUCUUGCCUUGGCCAUUGUCACCUUCCUAUUGUGUCGUGCUGUUCAGAACCACAACACCUACAUGCAUCUGAACCUUUGUGUGUGUCUCUUCUUGGCCAAGAUUCUCUUCCUCACCGGUAUAGACAAGACUGACAACCAGACAGCUUGUGCCAUCAUUGCGGGAUUCCUACACUAUCUUUUCCUUGCCUGUUUCUUCUGGAUGCUGGUGGAGGCAGUGAUGCUCUUCCUGAUGGUGAGAAACCUGAAGGUGGUGAAUUAUUUCAGCUCUCGCAACAUCAAGAUGCUGCACCUCUGUGCCUUUGGCUAUGGGCUCCCAGUCCUGGUGGUCAUGAUCUCUGCUGUUGUACAGCCAUGGGGCUAUGGGAUGCCUGAUCGCUGCUGGCUGAAUACAGAGACGAGAUUUAUCUGGAGUUUCUUGGGGCCAGUCUGCAUGAUUAUCAUGAUCAACUCUGUCCUCCUUGCCUGGACACUGUGGGUUCUAAAGCAGAAGCUUUGCAGUGUCAGCUCAGAAGUCUCUAAACUCAAGGACACGAGGUUACUGACCUUCAAGGCCAUUACCCAGAUUUUCAUCUUGGGCUGCUCCUGGGUGCUGGGCAUUUUCCAGAUUGGCCCCUUGGCAAGCAUCAUGGCAUACCUGUUCACCAUUAUCAACAGUCUGCAGGGGGCCUUCAUCUUCCUCAUCCACUGUCUGCUCAACCGCCAGGUACGGGAUGAAUAUAGGAAACUCCUCACCAGGAAGACUGAUCUUAGCUCUCAUUCCCAGACUUCUGGAAUUUUACUGUCAUCUAUGCCAUCCACUUCCAAGAUGGGUUAACUUCCUUUCUUGAUUUUAAAUAUAUUAUGGAGCAACAUUUGAGGAUUGUAAGUGCUUUAAGGACCCUACUUUUAAUCACUAUCUAGUUUAUGGAAAUUUAGGGUAUCAUGAGUUGGUGGAAGUUUUGUUUUUAACUCAAAACAUGGAUACAUGGAACCAAAUUCCAAGAGUUUCAUGCAAUAAGGAGAUACUUACCCAAAUUAGUUUGUCUUUUGUGCCUUAUAACUAUGAAGCUCCACAUGUUUUGAAAAGAGCAUGCCCCAUUUCAAUGGUAUAAGACAUUAUCAUUUUUGUAUCUCCCAUGCACUUUCUUGUGGUGUUCCAGAAAUUCUGAUUUAAUACCUAUCAAGUAGUGAACACAGAUUGGCUCUCAGUAAAUUAUUUAUCUCUCUGAA